CGGUGGCGGUGGAGACGGGUGGAGGACCUCGGCCCGGCCCGGCUGGCUCAGAGGCGGCAGCAGUAGCGGCGGCCUGGGGUUGGGCGGGUCGGCGGACCCCGCUGUGGAGAUGGCCAACAUCGCAGUGCAGAGGAUCAAGCGGGAGUUCAAGGAGGUGCUGAAGAGCGAGGAGACAAGCAAAAAUCAAAUUAAAGUAGAUCUUGUAGAUGAAAAUUUUACAGAACUAAGAGGAGAAAUAGCAGGACCUCCGGACACACCAUAUGAAGGAGGAAGAUAUCAACUAGAAAUAAAAAUUCCAGAAACGUAUCCAUUUAAUCCCCCCAAGGUGCGGUUUAUCACCAAAAUAUGGCAUCCUAAUAUCAGCUCAGUCACUGGGGCUAUUUGUUUGGAUAUUCUAAAAGAUCAAUGGGCUGCAGCAAUGACUCUAAGGACAGUAUUGUUAUCACUGCAAGCGCUCUUGGCAGCUGCAGAGCCUGAUGAUCCACAAGAUGCAGUAGUGGCAAAUCAGUACAAACAAAAUCCAGAAAUGUUUAAACAAACAGCUCGGCUUUGGGCACACGUGUAUGCUGGAGCACCAGUUUCUAGUCCAGAAUACACCAAAAAGAUAGAAAACCUUUGUGCUAUGGGCUUUGAUAGGAAUGCAGUAAUAGUGGCCUUGUCAUCAAAAUCAUGGGAUGUAGAGACAGCAACAGAACUACUUCUGAGCAACUGAGCCAUCUGUAGAGAACUGCUUCUGUAGUCCAGCUUGCCCCUUCUUGAGGAGCGUCACCAUCUCUUAUUUUUAGGUUUCUAUAGAUUCUCUUUUAAAACUGGUAUUCUUGCCUGAUACUAUCUAGGCACUAUUGGAGACUGAAAAAAAAAACUGCUCUGUAAAUAAAGCUCAAUUAAACGUCUGUGUAAAUUUAAAAAGGGGAAAUACUUUAAUUUUUUCUUACUAAAUAUUGUAAAUUCCUUGAGCUUGGCUAAAACAAUGGGGAUGACAUGCCUACUUUAGUGUUAGCAGUGUGACCAAGACUAGCAGGAAUUUGCACCAGGAUUUUGACUUUUAAGAAUUUAUUCAGAAAACAUCUGAUUGUGUCCGUACUCAUCAGUCGUUGAUGUCAUUAUUCAUCCCAGCUACCUUACUGGUUUUUGGUUCGUUGUUUCUUUUUUUUUUUUUUUUACACGGAUCCUAUGUGCCUGUGGACUGACCUUAUAUUUGCAUGCUUGUGCUUUACAUAGACACUUUAAAAAAAGUAGGGUAAACUGAACAGAGCACCAUUUAAAGUACUUGAGUAUUCAUUCUUGUAACUUUUUCCCUAAGAUUUUCCAAAUGUGCUCAUAGAUCAAAACAAUGGCCUACUCAGAAAUGUGUUCACCGCCUAAUGAGUAGCAAGCCUGCAUAUCUUCCUUGUUCCCAGCCCCACUCAGCUGCUCACACAACUACAAUAUCACACUAGAAACUCUUCAGAAUUUGUGGGUAUGUGCCAUUUAAAUUAGCCUAGUUUUCCACUUCAAGUGGUAUAUUUUGAAUAACCGGUAAAAGUGUUUCAAACAUUGUAAUUUCUACACAGUUGUAUAAAGGUUUGGUAUACUCGGACAUAGCACAAACACGUGGAGCUGCUCUUGUUUCUUAUGCAGAAUUCAAACCUCUUUCAAUAAAUUCUGGAUAGAAUGAAUUCACUGAGAAGAACUGGUUCUCUGUUAACACUGAGAAUGCCACCUCUUUCCCCUAGUAUUUGCUGUGAUGCAAUCAGUUUUUGGGCAAUAGCUUCCUAGUUUUAUCUUGGAUAUAAUUUUUAGUAGGGGUUGCUUAUAAAGAGUUUUAAAUAUCCCUCUUGUGUGCAUUUUUCCCUAGUUAACAUUUGGAAGUCUUGUUGGGGUUUUUACUGUACAUAUGUUAAAUUCCAGUAGACGUUUCUUCUGGAUUGAUGUUUCUGCUAAAACAAUUGUACAUAUAGUCAAUAUUUCUAUUCAUUCUGAGAGAUCUAAAAUCUCUUGAUUGUUAGUUUUUAUAAGUCCGAACACUCAUACCUUUGUUGAAAGUUGUAAUAUUACAGAACUGCAUGAGCAGUUACGUCUGAGCAAAAUGCAGAGAUGUGAGGGCGCAUUCUUAGAAUAUCAAAUUCUAUGAAGUUAAUCCUUUCCCCCACCCUCCAUAGACAGGAAUGUUUACAUCAGUCCAUUUUUUUAAUUGAAAAACAGACAUUGGACGACCACUUUUGCUACUCAGUUAUGUUAUGUAACUGUUAAGUAUCUGAUGCAAAGUCGAAAAAUAGAAGAGAUUGGAACGACCUCUCUAAUGCAGGAUUCUUUUCUGCAAUAUGGCUAUGCUGCCUAUAGUUUGAAAAUGUUAGGACACAGAUAGAAAAAUAAAUUGUACUUUCUAUCUGUGAAAUACGGAACACCGGAUUCUUCACAUGCUAUUUAUGCAUUCAGUGAUUGUGUGGUUUAUCUUUCAGUCAUGUAAAUCACUUUCAGAUGCCAAAGGAAAUGUGAUUGGGGUGUGUGUGUGUGUGUGUGUGUGUGUGAGGGGGGAGUGUUUUCUUGAUUAUUUAUUUUUUUUAACAAGCUGCUGCUGCUGCUGCUCUUUGACGUUUUUGUUAAAUAGUAGCCAGGGCCAACAUGACCCUGGCAAUCUGCCAUAUGUGUUUGUACCUUUUUUUUAAUUAUCUAUAUUUUGAUGAAUUAAUCUGCAAUAUUGUUUACCCUGGUGGUAACUUGUAAACAGCUGAUAGAUUACAUUUUUCCUCCCCCCUCUCCCGCAAUUUAUUAAAGGAAAGAACGUGGAAGUGUCUAGAUGGGAGAAAAUGGCUUCUGCUUUUCCAUCUAGAUAAUAAUCUUUCCAGGGAAGCUUUCUAUGAUUGUGUCAAAUGAGACUAGAAAGGCUUUGAACACAGGAGAAAAUACUUACAACAUCCUAUGCUAUUUUCUUUGGCUACAUUGCUCAUUACAGAACUCUUUUAGUGUGUGUGUGUGUGUGUGUGUGUGGGUGGGUGGGUGGUGGUGAGAGAGUUUACAUGUGACUGUACAGGUGGUUGGUUUCUUUUCUAUGGUUCUUGUGUACCUGAGGGAAUGGAAGUUCCUCAAGACUAAGAAGGUGCUACAUUGAAGCAAGAAUCAUUAAUUGAGAUUGAUGGCAACUGGGACUUUGAGUUGCUAAAGGUAUGUGUGUAGUGCUUGGUAGGUGAUUGAGCUCAAUAGAUUUAAAUGCUGCCAGGAUCAAUAUAAUCGCAGUUUAGCUUUGGCUUGGGAAUAAAAACUAUUCAGUAGAUCUUCAUGUGCUUUUUAUUACUCUACAACAUUUCUUUGGUGAGCACCCUUAUGUGGCCUGUGCAUUCAUGGUGGCAGAACUGUUGCUCAAUUCACCUAUUCCACAUGGUAGUCCACAUAAAGGAUUCUGUGGUAUCUGCUAGUCUUAAAACUGAUCUUGUAUUGAGCAGCGGGUUGGACUAGAUUACUUCCAAAGUCCCUUCCAAUUCUGUGAUUCUAUGAUUAUACAAGAUUCUGUUGCUGGGAACUUUAAACAGCCCAUUUAUUUUAAACAAAAUAGCAUGAUUGGGACUGGUUGGUCUCAAUGGAUUCUGAAAAGAAUCCCAGUGUGACUUUACCAUGAAGGCAAGACCGAAGAGAUGCCCUUCCCCUGUCAGAGGCCUCAACAAAUCUUCAUAAGUGCCAAAAGCGCUCCAUAUAAUUGGGUUCCAAAAAUUCCAAAUUCAUGGUAUCAAUCUUCCAUUAAAGGUGUUAAGAAAUGAAGUAAAGACUAGAAUAAAAACAUUUUACACUCCAGCUGACCUAUGUUAUAGAAAUACAAGGCUUUUCAGCAGCAUUUAACCUCAGCUUUGGUUAUUGAACAAUUUUGAGCAGUUAGGUAUUUAUAUAAUGUAUUUUAAGUUUUCUUACUGGUAUAUUUGGAAAUAUCUGAAAUAUGAAACUACCGUCUUUUGAGUGACAGGAGAAAGUGAGUGGUUGUAAGGAACUUUGUCUUCACGUAAGUCAAAUUACUGCAAUGUCAGUAAACUAUGCAAAUCCAAGUUUAUUAAAUCGAGAUUUUGUGCACCUUGCCUUAGGGUGAAAAAGCAACAUCAAGCAAUUGCUUUCUCACAUUUUACUGUUUAAUGGAAGCAAUGACUUGGAUUAAAAAAGCUUGUACAUUGUUGCUGCUUUUGCAGACAACAGUUCUUACAACGCAAAGUGGUUUUACAGCCAGUAUGACUGAAGAAAGACAUCUUGAUAACCAUUACACUUUUAUGAAAUCUUGGAUUAUUAUUUUUACUGGAUGGUUAAAUGCAUAGUGACUCUGGAGCCCAUCGUGCACUGGAAUUUUUCUGGGGUUGGUGAGGGUGAAUCCUUAACAUAGUAACUGAAAUUAUCAGUGGGAGGAAGAAGGUAAGGGAAUGUGGGUAGUCUGAGGAUGGCUGAACAAGCCCUGAUUACUGAUUUUGCAGAUAGAAAAUGAAAUGGGUUGCUGCCAUUGCAAAGGUAGCUGCAAUUGAGAAUGGAGCAGUCAUGUGGAAGCCCUGGUCCAUUCACUUACUCUGCUUCCUAAUGAGCACAAUCAGGUGUGAGCUCGUGCUCCCAAUGCAUUUGUACGGAGGCUGCCUGCUAUAUAAACCAGUGCUCAGUGAAAGCAUGCCAGUCUUAACUGGUCUGCUCUUCCAUUUUGUGUUGUUAGAACAGGAGAGGCCAACUUGUAGGUCAAAACAUCUGUGGAGGGCUAUAACUCUGAUCAUCCCUCACCAAUGAUGGUACUGACUAAGGCUGAUGGGAAUUGUAGUCCAAAACAUCUGGAGGGUCAAGUUGCCCACCAGUGUUAGAGCUUCAUGUUCAAGUGCCCUUACCCGCCUACUUAUUUUUUAUUUUACUUUAAUCAACUCUGAAUCUAUUCCCAAAGGACAAAAGGUUGCAAGCUACAUAUCUAUUGUACUGUAAUGCUGCUUUCUGGUUAGUCAUCUGCUCUGUAGUCGUGGCAUGGGGCAGGGUUGUUGGAUUUUUUUUAUCGACCCAAUUGUUUGAAAUGUAGCCAUUUCAAAAAUCAUGCCAACAAGAUCAAAAGUACUGUAAGAGCCUAUUAUAAAAUUUGCAACGUGAUACUUAACAUUGGUGUCUAGAGAGGGCAUCUCUCAGAAAAGUAGUACUGUUGAAGAUCCUUGCUGAACUAUUUAUUGUUUUCCAUCCCAAUUUGUGUUGGAUUUUUUAUUUCUUCCUGGCCAAGACAACUAAAUGCAUACUGAGAGAGAAAAAAAUUAUUACAACUUCCAACAUGGAUGGCUGGGGCAUGCUGGAACUUGUAGGCCUUUUUUCUGUCUCAACCCAAAUAGGAUUGUGUCCUAAGGGUACUUGUAGGAAGCUCUCAGCUGAGCCUUUCACAUCGUAACAAAUGAGUGGGCUGGAAUGCAGCAUUGGUGUGUUUGUCUCUUGAGAUGAAAAACGACACAACACUUUUGUACGCAUUUUUUAAAAUACACAUUUUAAAAAUGUUGAUUUCCACUGCAAAUGCUUAACAAUAAAUGCAUGUUUCCCUGAAAA